UCUGCUGCUCCGCCCGGCACGCGGCCGUCAACAGCGGCCAGUACGACUACGCGGCCUGGAUGCCCAACACGCCGGGCACGCUGCAGCGGCCGCCGCCGGCCAGCGAGGACGAGGCCACCGAGGAGCUGCUGGUGGCCACCCUGCCGUCCCCCGAGGCCACCGGGGCCCUGCUGGCCCUGCUGAGCGUGGUCAGCUACGAGGGGGGCGAGCCGCAUCCCCUGGGCUCCCGUUCCCAGGACCUGCUGGCGGGGGCGGCCCCCGGGCGCCUGCUGGCCGCGUUCCGGGCGCGCCUGGCGGCCGUCGGGGAGCGGAUCCGCGCCCGGAACGCGGCGCUGGCCCUGCCCUACCCCUACCUGGAGCCCGGCUGCGUGCAGGAGAGCAUCUCCAUCUGAUGUCACCUGUCACCUGUGUCACCUGUGUCACCUGGAGCCCGGCUGCGUGCAGGAGAGCAUCUCCAUCUGACGUCACCUGUGUCACCUGUC